UGCUCAAAUGGUUUUAUUUAAAAAAAAAAUUACACAACAACUGUAUGUUUUCAUGGUUACAUCAUAAUUGUUUAAUUUUUUUUUUCUCGUGGGGGACUUUGUGUUGCAAAUAGAAACUUUGUUAACGGAGAGUCAAUCGGCGCAAGUUGGAGGAGGGAAAAGGGAAAUUCCCGCAGGACGGAUCUUCGCUGGUAACACUGACGAAAGAGUAGCUUCGUAGUAAAAGCAUUGAAUGACGGGAGGAAAAUAAUCGGGGAAAGUACAGGAGGAAGGAAGACUCAUCGUAGGAAAGAAAAAGAUCGGAAUUUCGGAAACUAGUCGGCGUUUGCAGUUAACCCGCGCCCCAGGAGUCUCAGGGUUAUCGAGGAGUUGUCCUACAGUGCAGCUUUUCUUUUUUAAAUUUAUUUGUUUUCCUCUUCUUUUUUUUUAACGUAAAAAUGGCUAAUGGCGAAGGGAAGAGCGGACAAGAAAGCGGAUUCUUCGUGAGCGUACUGUCAGAAAUAUUUACAAGCCCGCUGAACUUGAUCCUGGUCGCCGUCAUAACCGUCCUCGUCUACAAGAUCUUCAGGGGCCAGCAACAGUACGUCGUGAAGGAGCAAGUCGAGCCCCGGCUCCCCAGCCUCAAAAGGAAGGACUACACUCUGAAGGAACUGAAGAAAUUCGACGGCACCGGCCCUGACGGCAGGAUUCUCGUCGCCGUCAACGGAAAAGUUUUCGACGUAUCCACGGCCAAAAGGUUUUACGGACCAGGUGGUACUUAUGCUGAAUUUGCCGGAUGUGAUGCAUCAAGAGGCCUUGCCACAUUUUCAGUUAAAGGUAACAGUGAAGAAUAUGAUGACCUUAGUGAUUUAGGUUCAAUGGAAAUGGAUUCAAUUAGGGAGUGGGAGACACAAUUUACAGAACGAUAUGAGUGUGUUGGUAAACUGCUAAAACCAGGCCAGGAACCCACAAGUUAUUCUGAUGAUGAAGAAGAAGAGACAAGUCAACAAGAGCCUAAUGAUUUAUCGAAAGAAGAUUGACUUCAUCCAAUUUAAUGGCUUCCAACAAAACGUUUGAAAUAAAGUGUGCUGAAAACCCAAAUUUUCCUAUGUUAAAAAAACUGCAGUAGCAACUAGAGGACUUAUGCAAAACGAAAAAAUGGUGAACACCCUACUUUUUUAAAUUUUGGGUGUCGUUAUUUAGAUACAUUUUUCAAACAUGCAAAGAUUUAUGUUUAAUUUAGCCCCAGGGCAGUUUAUUCCUGGAUAGGAGUUGUUACCAUUUUUGAGUGAUUUACUUGCAUAAAUAAUGAGGUGAUGGUGUUGUAACGCAAAGUAAAAUUGGUAAUUAAUACUUAAUUUUCAUGAUCUGCUCUUCUAUUCUUUUAGUAUGUUCAAUUUUUGUUAAUGCCAAUUAAAUGCACAAAUUAUAUUUUAUUUAAAAACCAAAAAAAGCACAUUAAAGCCAAUUAACAGCAACCAUGGCUUGCCUUAUAAAAUUCAUUGCCCGACAGAAAUAAAAAAAGCUUAAAUUGAGGGGCUUAAAAAAUAAACAGUUGAAUACAUUUGUUGAAUCUGGCUAAAAUAUUAAGCCUUUCAGCGGAAGCUUAAUUUUAUGUUUAAUUUGAAAGAAUUCGGUGUUACAUUUUAUUUCAAUAAGUCACUGGUUAUUGGGCAAAUAAAGUAAAGUUGUAUCUACCCUACAUCAAAAUGUAAAAAUUGUUGUUUUUAACAUAACAAAAAUUAUAAUUUUUUAUAAAAUCAUGAUUAUAAUUAAAUCAAAUUAUUUCCUUUUGUCAACAAAAGGCAAAAGUAAAAAAAAUUCAAUCCUGUUUGCCCAAAACUGUUUCAUCGUAUUUGAUUUAAAAUACAGACUUCCAGGUACUGUGAGACUGCCUUUUUGAUUACCA